GUAUACUGGCCCUUCUGGUCAGUCCCACACCUGUCACACUCCUAUGUGUGGGCCACCUCUGUGACGCACAAUAAUGCUGCUGCUACUGCUGCUGUCGCUGCUGGGACCUGGACCCCGGCUCAGCGAAGCAACCAGGAGGUCACAUGUGUUUAAGCGUGGACUCCUGGAACUGGCAGGGACCUUGGAUUGUGUUGGUCCUCGAUCACCGAUGGCUUACAUGAACUAUGGCUGUUACUGUGGCCUCGGUGGCCAUGGAGAGCCACGUGACACCAUUGACUGGUGCUGCCUCUACCAUGACUGCUGCUACUCGAGGGCUCAGGAUGCCGGCUGCAGCCCUAAGUUAGACCGAUACUCAUGGAAGUGCAUGGACAAUCGCAUCCUGUGUGAAUUGACUUUUUAUAUAGUCAGUCAGAGUGAUCAUACAGAUGAACUAAGGAUAGAAAUACAGUGGGGCUUGACACUCAGUGCUCUGAGGAGCUGCAAACAAAGACCAACAGAGAACAAAUGCCAAGAACUCCUGUGCAGGUGUGACGAGGAGCUUGCUUACUGCCUGGCAGGGAAGGAGUACCACCUGAAAUACCUCUUCUUCCCCUCCUUUUUAUGUGAGAAGGACUCACCCAAGUGUGACUGAUAGGCUCAAAUGUCCCUUUGCACAUGGAAAUGAAUUUCGCUUUCAGUACUGAACAACAGCAUUCAAUUUGUGCCAGGAGUCCCUGGAGGCCAAGUGAUAAAGCCUGUGUUUGCUUUCUCCCUCCAUUCAGGAAGUCAUGACUAGGAGCCUGUGGAGCUGCCAGUUUGAUGAAGGUUGAAAGGCCUGGUCCUGUUUUAUACAAAUACCACUGUGUUGGGCUUGAUGUAAUUUUUGAAGUUCAACCUUUAUGAAAAGCUGUACUAUCUUCUAACCUGCUGCAGAGGGUUGGUGGUGAAAUGUGAUUGAACACCUGCUUAGGCUUGGCUGUGGUAAUAACAGUGCCACAUGAUACAUCUAAGAAUUGUUACUGUAAUAAAAAGUGUUCUCUACCUG